AUGACGCAUGCCAAUUUGAUAAACAACUACGUCAACCCCAACUCGGUGUACAUAGAAGAUGAUUUCAGACAUCACUUCCAGAUAAGGCAUCACAUCUUCGAGUGUUUACUUCAUCAUGUCUGCCAGGUCAAUCCAUACUUUCAACAGAGGUUAGACAAAGUAAGCCGCCAUGGUUUCUCACCUCAUAAGAAGGUUACUGUUGCACUACGAAUGAUGGCCUAUGGCUCCUCAGCUGAUUCGAUAGAUGAAACAUAUGGUAUGUUUAAGUCUACAUGCCUUGAUACUUUUUCUGAAUUCUGUAACACAAUUGUUCAGCUUUAUAAAGAGGAGUACCUCCGCGAGCCAAAUGAAGAAGAUAUGGAUCGGCUCAUUUGCAAAGCUGAAGACCAUGGAUUUCUGGGCAUGAUAGGGUCAUUAAACUAG